CAGGGAGCUAGGAGGCAUCAAGAAAUCAGACCUAAACACAGCUCUCCAGAAAAGCCAGAGAUAAAGCAGAGGUGAUGGCCACCUCCUCGCCAUUAGCCCGGCCCAGCCAGCAGCCUGUGGGCCUGGAGGAAGAAGACAUCUGCCUAGAUGAGUACGACCUCUAUGGCCUGGCCCUUCCGCACCCCGGAGGCUCAAAAGGACGCACCAAGAGGGAGGCAGCAGCCCGUACCAACCGGCCCAGCCCUGGUGGGCAUGAAAGAAAGCUGGUGACCAAGCUUCAGAAUACAGAGAGGAAAAGACGCCAGGCCCGGCCCUGAGCCAGACCCAGAGGUAAA